CCCCCCGAGGAUGGUGUGACCCGCGCGUCCCCGCCCGGCCUGUGGGGCAGCUGGCAGGGAGCGGAGGGGGAGGGGCAGCAGACAGCGGCGCGCUAGACAUGGCGUAUCCUGGGCACCCCGGCGCCGGCGGAGGCUACUACCAGGGCGGGUAUGGAGCUGCUCCAGGAGGACCAGUAUUCCAUGGACAGACUCAAGAUCCUUUGUAUGGUUAUUUUGCUGCAGUAGCUGGGCAGGAUGGACAAAUAGAUGCUGAUGAGCUGCAGAGAUGUCUGACCCAGUCGGGCAUAGCAGGAGGGUAUAAACUAUUUGGCUGUCUAGGAGAUAUCUGUCUGUUUCAGAUGUUGGCUUUCAACCUAGAGACGUGCAGACUCAUGGUUUCUAUGCUGGAUAGGGAUAUGUCUGGUACAUUGGGAUUCAAUGAAUUUAAAGAGCUCUGGGCUGUGUUGAACGGGUGGAGACAACACUUCAUAAGUUUUGACAGUGACAGAAGUGGUACAGUGGAUCCUCAAGAGCUGCAGAAAGCCUUGACAACUAUGGGAUUUAGGUUGAGCCCACAGGCAGUGACUGCAGUUGCAAAACGAUACAGCACCCAUGGGAAGAUUACAUUUGACGAUUACAUUGCCUGCUGUGUAAAACUCAGAGCUCUCACUGACAGUUUUCGAAGAAGGGAUACAGCCCAGCAGGGUGUUGUGAAUUUCCAGUAUGAUGAUUUCAUACAGUGUGUUAUGAGCAUCUAAUUGAAGAGGAAGGAAGAUGUGGAUGGGCAUGAUUAACAUUCCACUUUGUGUUUUGCUUUGCACCUAAAGUGAUCAUGGCUAUGUAUUGGUAUUUGCAUAUUUUAUAAAGAUACUGCUUUAUAUGUGAUUUUUUUUAGUUUUGAUAAAUACAGAUGAACAGAAAGGUGUUUCAAAAACGAAAUACCAGCUCUCAUCCUUAAUUUUAUGUUUUUUUUUAAUUUUGCAUACACUUGUAAAUCACCUUUUAUGUAUAACUUAAAUGAUUAUGUAAAACUUAA